AUGGUUCGUGUUGCUAUCGCUGGAGGCCAUGGCGGUGUUGGCCGCACAAUUGUGGAGGUGUUAAAUGAUUCUCCUGAGCACGAGGCUCUUGUUCUAUCCCGCAAGUCUGAUGGUGAGGGUGGCAAAACCAUUCAAGUCGAUUAUAGGAGCGUUGACGGUUUGGUUGCUGUGCUAGACACACAUCAAAUCGACACAGUGAUCUGUUGUUUUGCCGUGGAGGGAGAUUCACUGGCGAUAUCGCAACUAAACCUCAUCCAAGCUGCCAUCAACUCCAAAGUCACUCGGCGAUUUGUGCCCAGUGGCUUCGCCAUUCCAUAUCCUCAGGAUGCCGUGAAGCUUUUGCCGCAACUUGCGGACUAUUUCAAAGCGAUUGAAAUUCUCCGACAGUCUGAUCUUCAGUGGACCGUCUUCCUCAAUGGUAUCUUUCUUGACUACUUCGGUCCAUCGACGCUCAAAUCAUACCUGAAACCGAAUGUCUUCGUUAUAGAUUUGAGAAACAAGAUAGCAGGAAUCCCCGGAGAUGGUGAAGUUCCAAUCACAUUCACCUACACCUUUGACCUGGCCCGGUAUGUUGUCGCCAUGCUCGACAUGGAAGACUGGCCCGAAGAAAGCCGUGUGAUCGGCGAUACUGUCACCUGGCAUGAAUUCGUCAGGCUGGCGGAGGAGAUCUGUGGUGAGUCUGGUUUUCGCUUUCUCCGAGAGUCUUUUCUAAUUUGA